AUGGGUCAGUUAUGGGUCAUUGUGGCCCCUUACAAGAUUAAGAAGGAAGGUUAUCUCCUAAGGAAUUGUCCAUUUGGUGCUAUGGGAAUGGUGUUCUUUAUAGUUGAGCAGAAACUUGGUCCUUACCACACUGCCCACAUCACUGUCAUUCCAGGGGCACCCUCUACUGUUAAUGCUGGGCCACAGGAAGGCAGCAAAGUCCACAAAAAGUUCCACUGGGACGUGCAGAGCAAAGGCCAGGGCCCCAGAGGAAAACAAGGGCGGACUCUGAGCAGAGCUGCCCUCAUCGGGAGCCGGGUGUCUGUGGGAUUGGCGAUGAGCCCCGUGCUGCGGGAGUUCCUGAGGGAGCUCCCAGGCUGGUUCCUGCUCGCGGGGGUCUUCCUGCCUGUGACUUUGCUGCUCCUCCUUCUCAUCGCCUAUUUCAGGAUCAAACUGAUGGAGGUUAAUGAAGAACUGUCACAGACUCCCAAUCGCCAACACAAUCAUGAGGCUGGCUCUUCCCUGAACCAGAGAAAGAAAUGGACGUGACUGUUGGGGACUGAUCAAUGGCUAAAGCACAGUACGUUUCUACUGUCAGAGAGCCACGGUCACUGGCUUAGCAAAUAAAGUAGGUUAAUAAACCAGAACCACAGCAAAACAGGAAGAAUACUAAGAUGCUUGCUCUGAACCAUAUUGGAAAGUGGCAGCUAUUAUCCAAG